CUGUCACAAAAUGGCGGUGCGUAACGCUUUAAGACCCCAUUUUGUGGAAUUGACACCGCAGAUCUGAUUUUACUUGAGGUUUUCCGAGUUAUGAAUAGGACUGUCACGAUUAGGUUUCAAAAUAUUUGACGCUUAAUGUCAAGGAAUAUGAUGUUGAUUUUUGCAAACGCUGUUGCAUUCGCCGCCAUCCUCCUCGUGAGACUGGUCAUCCGUCAGCUAGCUAACUUUGGUUAGCGACGUAGGACACACUCAUCCAGCCUAUCUUUUGAUUAACAUUGCGUGAACGUGUUUGUGCGGUAAUUCUUCCCGAAGUUCGCUGAAGAGAGUCACCUAACGUUAACCCUCUGUAAGCAUAGGACGCUGUAUUUACUCGCGUCUAUCAGACCAACAGAAGAAUAAAUGUUACGCAUUGAAUAACGUUAGCGUUACCCGUCAUAAGCCAGCUAACGUUAGCUUCUGAAAUGUGUAACGUCAGUGCUAGCUAGUUAGCAAACCUCUAGUAAGCUCAGUCGCUUUACAGAUAUGUAUCCUGCAUGGAAUUAUAAUGUUAAAAGUGAGGUAACUAAGCAGCUAAUUAAUGGUUACUGAUCAGCAAUGUCAGGACAACCAAAGGACCAAAGAAAUUGGGAACACUAUUAUUGAAACCGAGAAGAUUAAGGGAGAUAAGAUGGUGAUUUCACUGGUACUGAUAUCGAUUGGUGUUUAUGCACGUAUGACGAAACAUACAGAGGCAGCCAUGGCGCACCUGUCGGUGGACCCUGCCAUCCUGCUGAUAGUCGUGGGCUCACUCAUGUUCCUCAUCACCUUCUGUGGGUGUAUCGGCUCCCUCAGGGAAAACAUCUGCCUUCUACAAACAUUUUCCAUUUGUCUUACGGUGAUCUUCCUGCUGCAGCUGGCUGCUGGCAUUCUGGGGUUUGUGUUCUCUGAUAAGGCCCGGGGCAAAGUGACUGAGGUCAUAAACAGAGCCAUUGUCCAUUACAGGGAUGAUUUGGAUUUACAAAAUCUCAUCGACUUUGGUCAGAAAGAGUUUAGCUGCUGUGGAGGUAUUUCCUAUAAAGACUGGUCCCUGAACAUGUACUUCAACUGCACCGACCGCCGCAGCCCUGAGAGCUGUGGUGUGCCCUUCUCUUGCUGCUUGCUCUCUAAAGACAAGUCCGUAAUAAACACCAUGUGUGGGUAUGAGAUGCAGGCGCUCAAAGAUGAUAAAGCAGGAGAGGUCAUCCAUACAAGCGGCUGCAUAGACAAGCUGGUGAACUGGAUCCACAGCAACCUGUUCCUUCUAGGAGGCAUAGCCCUGGGUUUGGCAGUCCCUCAGCUUGUUGGGAUUUUCUUGUCACAAAAUCUCAUCAAUCAGAUCAAGGACCAGAUCCAGCUUCAGCAGUACAGCGUGGCACACAGAUCAGAUCCAUGGCGUUGACCUGGCUGCUACUGUGGGAUGGAUUCAUGUUCCAUGGACCUUGUUCACCACGCUUCAGAACUGGACUGAGGACCAAGGCCUAUUGACUCAAUGUUCUACCCUUAUUGCUGAUAAAGUAUUUCUGAUGCCAGUUGGUCAAAAUUUGCACUGUAAGCUGCCAAUGGAUGAAAGGAUGACCGAUACAUAUUCUGAUGGAGCUUCUGGUCUUUUCCUGUCAGGCUCCACGUCUUUUAUAGGUUUUUAUUCAAGUAAACUCUGUACAGGAGGAACAUGGCUAUCUUUCAACAUCAGUUGAUGGAUAACGUUAUGGAGUUGCUGUUUCAAGCACUGGGCUGAGUUGAACUCCAUGGAGUCAAAAGAUCAUCACCAGAUGACAACCUAUCCUUAUGCUCAGUAGUGCCAUUUAAAACUUACAAUUUGUGAGGCUUUCAAAAAUUCUAAGGUCUAUGGACAAAAAAGCAAGGAGUGUUCUACAUCUGCACAUCCAUGUGGAAUGUGAUGUUCUUUUGUUUGAUGUUUGUUUGAAUCUGUCCAGUAAAGAGAUUUUUACAUGUACUUUAUACAGGUUAGUGUAAAGGCUACAUUGUUUUGUACUAUCCUGUUAGUUCCCAGUGAGCUAUUUUUAUCCAUCCAUGCUGUUUUUUUCCAUUCAUGAUGUUUCAAUCAUUUAUUCAUUUAGAGGUUUUUUGAUGUUCAAUUAACAUAUUUACCUUUUUUUU